AGUUCCUGCGGCGUGGGCGUCUGCACGCUGCUGCUUCCACAGUCUUCGUCUGGGCGCGGAAAUGGUUGUCUUGGUUACGGGUUCUAACGGUCUCGGGCCUGAGAUUCCUUGUUGAGGGGCUACAACCUGAGCUGCUGUCUAGAGACGUCUUCGCUCCUCGAAGUGGCGGCAGUGGUUGCUGGUCCAGCCUACGACGUGGAGUAAUUUGAAGCUUUCCAGAAAAUUGAAAUAGAGUUGGAGAAGAAAACUGACCCAUAAUAAUAAAAAAUGUCUCGAAAAAUUGCCAAGGCAUCAACAAAAGUCAAUGUCUCUAGCUCUCUGGAAUCUGAAGAUAUUAGCUUAGAGACAACAGUUCCUACAGAUGAUAUUUCCUCAUCAGAAGAGCGAGAAGGUAAAAUCAAAAUCACCAGGCAGCUGAUUGAACGGAAAGAACUGCUUCAUAAUAUUCAGUUACUGAAAAUAGAGCUAUCCCAGAAAAAUAUGAUGAUUGACAAUUUGAAAGUGGAUUAUCUUACAAAGAUUGAAGAAUUGGAAGAGAAACUUAAUGAUGCACUUCACCAAAAGCAGGUACUAACAUUGAGAUUAGACAACCAAUUGACUUUCCAGCAGAAGGAUGCCAGAAAAUAUCAAGAACUGAUGAAACAAGAAAUGGAAACUAUUUUAUUGAGACAGAAACAACUAGAAGAGACAAAUCUUCAGCUAAGAGAGAAAGCUGGAGAUAUUCGUCGAAACCUGCGUGACUUUGACUUGACAGAGGAGCAAUAUAUGAAACUAAAAGGUUUUCCUGAAGAUCAGCUUUCUAUUCCUGAAUAUGUAUCUAUUCGGUUCUAUGAACUGGUGGAUCCAUUAAGAAAGGAAAUUUCUGAACUACAAGUGAAAAAGAAUGACCUAUCAGAAGAAUUAAGUGAAAACAAAGGCCAAUUGAAACAACUGACAGAGACAUAUGAGGAAGGUCGAAGAAACUACUCUGAGCUUCAAGUUAGAUGUCAGCGUUUGGCCUUAGAAUUAGCAGACACAAAACAGUUAAUUCAGCAAGGUGACUACCGUCAGGAAAACUAUGAUAAAGUCAAGAGUGAACGUGAUGCACUUGAACAGGAAGUAAGUGAGUUAAGGAGAAAACAUGAAAUACUUGAAGCUUCUCACAUAACUCAAACUAAAGAAAGAAGUGAAUUAUCAAAAGAGGUAACCACCUUACAGCAGACUGUUACUUUACUGCAAAAGGAUAAAGACUAUCUCAAUCGCCAAAACAUGGAGCUUAGUGUUCGCUGUGCCCAUGAAGAGGACCGCCUUGAAAGACUUCAAGCACAACUUGAAGAAACCAAAAAGGCUAGAGAAGAGAUGUAUGAAAAAUAUGUAACAUCCAGAGACCAUUAUAAAACAGAAUAUGAAAAUAAACUACGUGAUGAACUGGAACAAAUCAGGUUGAAAACUAAUCAAGAAAUUGAUCAGCUUCGAAGUGCCUCUAAGGAAAUGUAUGAACGGGAAAACAGAAAUCUCCGAGAAGCAAGGGAUAAUGCUGUGGCUGAAAAGGACCGAGCAGUGAUGGCUGAAAAGGAUGCUUUAGAAAAACAUGAUCAGCUCUUAGACAGGUACAGAGAACUACAACUUAGUACAGAAAGCAAAGUAACAGAAUUUCUCCAUCAAAGUAAAUUAAAAUCUUUUGAAAGUGAGCGUGUUCAACUUAUACAAGAGGAGACUGCAAGAAAUCUCACACAGUGUCAAAUGGAAUGUGAAAAAUAUCAGAAAAAAUUGGAGGUUUUAACUAAAGAAUUUUAUAGUCUCCAAGCCUCUUCUGAAAAACGCAUUACCGAACUUCAAGCACAGAACUCUGAACAUCAAGCAAGGCUAGACAUUUAUGAGAAGUUGGAAAAAGAGCUUGAUGAAAUAAUAAUGCAAACAGCAGAAAUUGAAAAUGAAGAUGAGGCUGAAAGGGUUCUUUUUUCCUAUGGCUAUGGUGCUAAUGUUCCCACAACAGCCAGAAGACGACUAAAGCAAAGUGUCCACUUGGCAAGAAGAGUGCUUCAGUUAGAAAAACAGAACUCUUUGGUUUUAAAAGAUCUGGAACAUCAAAAGGACCAAGUAACACAGCUUUCACAAGAGCUUGACAGGGCCAAUUCUCUAUUAAACCAGGCUCAACAACCUUACAGAUAUCUCAUUGAAUCAGUACGUCAGAGAGAUUCUAAGAUUGAUUCACUGAAGGAGUGUAUUACACAACUUGAGAAAGAUGUCAGCAAUUUAAAUAAAGAAAAGUCAGCUUUACUACAGAUGAAGAAUCAAAUGGCAUUAGAUUUAGAACAACUUCUAAAUCAUCGUGAGGAAUUGGCAGCAAUGAAACAGAUUCUCACUAAUAUGCGUAGUAAGCGUUCUGAGGACAGGUUACUUCUUACUAAGAUGGAAUCAAAAAAUGCGACAGAAAAUCAGAAAUCAAAGACUUCAAAUGUGCCUAGAGAUCAUGAAGACAAUAUAUUUAUACCGAAACCAACACUCUUUACCAAAAAAGAAGCACCUGAGUGGUCUAAGAAACAAAAGAUGAAGACCUAGUGUUUUGGACGGAUUUGCUCUAUCAUUAUUUACCCUGAGGUUUUUUUUCUGAUGAACAAAAAGUUUAUCUUAAUCUUGUACUUGGUAUUUUUUAAAUAACUAAUUUAAAGUUUAUUUUAACUGAAUGUUAAAUUAACAGAUUUCAGCAUAAUCAAAAUGUAUAAAGUGCAAACAAUAGUACAGUUUACAUUUGGUUUUAUCUAUUUUGUUACAAAAUAAAUAUAUGCUCUAUGAUUUAAA